AUGCUGCCCGGCGCCGGGCCCGACGGCGCGCCGUCGAACAUCUACGACGUCGACCCGGCCAGCCUGCCGGACCGGCCGUGGCGCAAGCCGGGCGCCGACAUCAGCGACUACUUCAACUACGGCUUCGACGAGGACAGCUGGCGCCGCUACGGCGAGAUGAAGCGCGGCGUGCACCAGGAGCGCGAAAAGGCGCGCACACGCGUGAGUGGGCGAAGGGCGAAGACUUUCACUGUGCGGCUUGAGCUAGGCUGA